AUGGCAGAAAACCAAAAGGCCUGGUGGCAGCAAUGGACUGACACCACCAACGUCAAAAAUUUGAGUGGCACCCCAGGGUGGGCAGGGGCAGUGGCUGCACUGAGAACCCCCUCCUCUCUCCUGCAGAGGAACACAUAUGACCCCUUCAGCCGCCACGAUGAGCAAGUGCUCAUCAACCGCCUGGACAUCACAAGUCGGAAGGAUGCCUGGGACAAAGAGGAGUUCAUCACUCAAAUGUACGUCAAACACUUGUUGCGACAUCCGACCUUCCAGAUGAUUCUGGCCCUGCUGCUGGUGACCAACGCCAUCACCAUUGCUCUCCGGACCAGCUCCUACCAUGGCCAGGACGGUUGGAAUAUCCUCAAUUUCGUUAUUGUCUUUGUCUUGCUCCUGGGGUUCUUCAUUAAUGAACUCAAUAACAUUGCUGUCACCUACACGCUCAGGGCGCUUCGGCUGGUACACGUGUGCAUGGCGGUGGAGCCCCUGGCCCGGAUCAUCCGUGUCAUCAUACAGUCGGUGCCUGACAUGGCCAAUAUCAUGGCCCUCAUCCUCUUCUUCAUGCUGGUGUUUUCUGUGUUUGGAGUCACACUCUUUGGCGCAUUCGUGCCCAAGCAUUUCCAGAACAUGGGGGUUGCCCUGUACACCCUCUUCAUCUGCAUCACACAGGAUGGCUGGCUGGACAUCUACAGGGACUUCCAGAUGCAGAGGAGAGAGUAUGCAAUGGAGAUAGGGGCUGCCAUCUACUUUGCCAUCUUCAUCACUGUCGGUGCCUUCGUCGGUAUCAACCUGUUUGUCGUUGUGGUGACUACCAAUCUGGAACAAAUGAUGAAGACAGGAGAGCAGAACAAAGAGCGUCAAAUAAUCUUUAGUAGCGAGAAUGUGGAAGAAGAUGAGAAAUGGGAUGACGAAUUGCCACUUGUGCACUGUGCAGUGGCCUGGAUGGAGAAACCUGCCCCCCAGGAACCACUUGUAGGGGGUGCCCUGCCAAGCCUCACAGAAAACACAUGUGACAACUUUUGCUUGGUGCUUGAAGCAAUACAGGAGAACUUGAAGCAAUACAAGCAGAUCCGAGAUGAGCUCAACAGAAUCGUGGAGGAAGUACGCUCCAUCCGCUACAACAAGGAGCAGGAAGAGGAGUUGUUACGCAAACACAUGUCUACAAGUCUGUCAUCAAUGAGCGGGUCCUCAGUGGACACACGAGGCUUAGCUACCCAGCAAGACUUGUUCUCAGCACUGCUUGACAGGGAAAAGGUUUAUGAAUCGACCACAAAUACAAUGCUUAGCAAACACAAGUUCAACCACUGA